AUGGAGUGGAGAAAGAAGUACGGCGAUAUCUACACGAUGUAUAUUGGCAUGCAACCGCUGAUUGUGAUCAACUCGUUCGAAAAGGCUUACAAAUACAUAGUUAAAGAGGGCGACGUCUUCUCUGGAAGGUCUGUGAAUGCGUUCAAUUUGAUUAUCAGAGGGGGAGAUUACGGCAUCAUCGAUACGGAGGGGCCGUUGUGGUUGGAACAUCGGCGAUUCGCGUUGAAAGUCUUCAGAGAAUUUGGAAUGAGCAAAACGCAGAUGGAGGAUCGAGUAAGCGAUUUUUGAUGACUCUUCGGAUUGGAAUUUACAAAAAAAUAGGAUGAUAAGCAAGUAAACGUGUCAUUGAUGACCUUUAGAUCAAAACAAAAUAAUUCUUUUUAAAGUCUCGUUACAAGAUGCACUUUUGAUGUGACUUGAUGUAAAAUGACAAGAGAAGUAUCCGAAAAGCGAUACUCACAUUUUGAGAAAACUUGGCAAAAUGAGCGUUCCAGUACAAAUGAAACUUUUGGUUCAAAAUUGGCAGAAAUAUGAAACUUUUUGUGAAUUUUUGCAUAAAAUUCGGCAAACCUAUGCUCAUCGUAGAAGGUAAUAUAUUCACAAAAAAAAUCAAUUUUUACCGCGCAAAACUGACAAAGAAAUGGCCAAAAAGUGCUUUUUCUCUGACCGCUCUCCGCGCCUUGCAUACUCUCUUGGCCGCAAAGACCGUUGAGUACCUCAUGCUGACUCUGUAAGGCGCGAGAUAAAACUUUUAUAUGUGUCAUAGGUCUAGUGAAUGAUACAAAAUAUAAAGAAAAUCUGUGCAUCGCACUUUUCAAACCUCUCGUUUCAAUUCCCAACAUUGGACCAUUACAGGUCCUCGCUGAAGUUGAAUACAUUUUCGAUCGGAUCGACCAAGAUAUUCAACUCAAACCCGACGAUAUUAACGUGGAACACUACACGGACAUUGCUGUUGGCUCGGUUAUUAACGCUGUGGUUUGUGGCUACCGCUACACCGAUGGGAAAGAGCAUGAAUUCUACCGGCUCAAAGAGAUUCUCGGCUCGUCCAACGAGUCUUUGGCCAACAUAUUUGGGCUCUUCGUGAUGUUCAACGCUCAAAUUUUUAAGAUCCCUGGUUUCAAAUUUAUUGAGAAGUACAUCGAGAAUUCCUUCGGCACAGUAAUGAAACAUCUUCAUAAUGAAAUUAAGCGUCAUCUGGAUGAGAAUGAUUACAAUAAUGAGUCAAUGGAAGCGAAGGAUUAUAUUGAUGCGUAUUUGCUGGAGAAGUUCAGAUUGGAGAGAAACGGAGAGACGGACCAUACUUUUACUGAUCAGCAGCUGGUUAAUGUCUGUUUGGAUCUGUGGAUAGCUGGACAGGUAAGAAGUGUCAUAAAAAAGAAUCCAAUUUAACGAUUGCCUGCGUUGAAAUCCAACAGGAUUAUUUUCUAACGCCAGAAUUUUGAUUUGAAGAAGAUCUUGUCUUAAUUUUAAUAUAACAUUAGCUCAAAAUGUCAAAUAUACACAAUCAUUUCCUAUCAUUAUCUUUUAGGAAACCACCAGUGUCACCCUCGCCUGGGCCAUCUCCCACCUUGUCGCACAUCCAGAAGUUCAGAAGCGCGCUCACGAAGAACUCGACAGAGUAAUCGGUCCGAAUCGACUGAUUACCAUGGCCGACAGAAAAGAUCUCCAUUACAUCAAUGCGAUUGUCCAUGAGUCGCAACGUUGUGGUAAUAUUAUUGCAAUUAAUUUGACAAGGAAGACAAGCGAAGACAUUGUGAUGGACGGGAUGCUGAUCAAGAAAGGAAGCGUGGUUGUGCCACAAGUAUCGGUGAUAAUGAACGAUCCUGAGGUGAGCGUGUAUUAGGCUAUUUGACUACUGAAAAAUCUUCUGAAAACGGUGUGGCGGCUUCGGAAGAUAGGGAAAAAGCUGGGACUUUCAGAAAAGCGGCCCGAACCGGCUAUAGGGCUUAGAAUCGGACGUUUUUUUGAGGCCAUACUCAACGUCUGACCCAGUUCGAAGAAAAAUUGUCAAAGUCAGGAAAUUUUAAGUCUGACUCUUAGACCGGUAGCCAUCUGUUCGUGGACAAGACUUGACCAAGUUUUAAAAGUCUGGCGACUGGGUCUACAGCACUAGAACGGGCCGGAACCCCUCUGGAAUAGCCAAACUCAAAAAAAUUAAAAACGAAUUUGGCCUACCGCGUCUCGUCUACGGCUUGCUAAACUUUGUAUUUGUCAUCAUCCCGUAUGGUAUGUAAAUCGUCUAUACAUACUUCUCAUUUCAGGCCUUCCCAGAGCCGGAAAAAUUCAAACCCAAAAGAUUUCUGGAUGAAUCCGGGAAAUUCCGUCAAAUCGAACAAAUGAUUCCAUUUUCCCUGGGGAAAAGAGCUUGCCUCGGCGAAGGGUUGGCUAGAAUGGAGCUGUUUCUGAUUACUGCCAAUCUACUAAAUCGUUACCGGCUUAGCGCCGGAAGAACACCACCAACGUUGCGUAAGGUCGCGGGGAUGAUGCCAAAGACACAUCCGUUUACUUGUCGUGUGGAAAAGAGACAUUGA